AUUUGCACAGGUUGGCAUUCAUUUUGAUAAACAAAAUAAAAAGAAAAAAGAGAAAAUCCUUUUCAGAAUCAGAACAACUUGAGAGAGGUUUCUCUCUCUGUCCCUUUCCUUUGAUUAGAUCAAGAUUCAAGCUUUAGGGUUUUAUUAUUUCACUCUCGAAUUUGGGAGAUUUCAAGUUUCAGAUUUCCCCCAACAAUGUCGACGAGAUUAUCCGGAAGUUACGGCACCAUGCCAACCGCCAACGUCACGACGGCCGGAAAAUCGCCGUCAACGUCAUCGGAGCUCUCGUUCAUCGCACGCGCCAGGCACACGACGGAGUCCGUGAUCGCGACGCGCCGCCCCUGGCGCGAGCUCCUCGAACUUUCCUCCUUCUCCGUCCCCGACAACUACGCCGCCGCCAUGAGCCGCGUCCGUUGGAACCUCAACUACUUCCGAGUCAACUACGUCAUGGCGACGCUCCUGGUAGUCUUCCUCGGCCUUCUUUGGCACCCGGUUUCGAUGAUCGUGUUUCUGGUAGUGUUCGUGGCGUGGUUCUUCCUCUACUUCUUCCGCGACGGUCCCGUGGUGAUGCACGGUCGGACGGUCGACGACAGGACGGUGCUGGUCGUUUUGAGCCUCGUCACGGUUCUCGCGCUUGUUUUCACGGACGUCGGGGUGAACGUGUUGGUGUCGUUGGUGGUUGGGGUUUGUGUCGUUGGAUUGCACGCUGCGUUUCGAGGAACGGAGGACUUGUUUCUCGACGAGGAAAGCGCUGCCGAAGGAGGGUUGUUGUCGGUCGUCGGAAGCCAGCCAUUGCGGUCGGCUUAUGCUCCGAUUUAGAAAACUCUGUAGUUGUUGUAAUUCAUUCAGAGACUCAAAAUGGAAGGGAAAAAAAGUUUCUUUAUUUUUUAAAGUGGGAUUUGAAGUGGGCACAUCUGGAUAUAUUAUUUUUAUUUUUAUUUUUUUUUGGGGUCAUAACAAUGUUGUUGUUCGGAAGAAUUGAUAUGAGGUGGUUGAAUUGAAUUGGGAAUUUUAGUGGAAUUGAAUUUUUGGCCUUGGAGUUUGUUGUCAAUAAUUCAGACAAAAUGGAAAAGAAAAAAUAGAUUCUUUUUGAGUUGGGAUUUGAUUUGAAGUGGGUACUUGUGAUUUUUUUUUUCAUCACAAUGUUUCUGUGUGAAGAGGGUGUUUGUGGUGGAGAUAGAGUUGAAUUGGGAUUCUUAGUGGAAUUGAAUUUUGGUUCUUUUUAGGUCCUUGAGCUUUGUUGGUAUCAAU